AUGGAAUCGAAUACAUACUUUAGAGAAAUUUUCCUGUAUGUUCAGGUGACAGGGGAAAAGGAAGAGAAGCGAGACAACAAAGAGUUACAAGAAAAAUACGAACAGUAUGAGCUGUUGGAGUUGCCAGAGAAGCAAGGGCUGUCGGAGAUGUACUUUGAUUACAUGAGCAAAUGCUUCAGCUUUUUGUUGAAUCAGGAGCAUGACUAUAUAAUCAGUACACUGAAGAAGAAUGGGUCGUUGACGUCCUUUUUUUUUUCUUAUUUAUUGAAUGCCAAUAGAUAUUACGAUUUAUAUUUUAAAAAUAAUGAAGAGAGAGAAUUUUCCGAUUUAGAUAUGUACGUGUUUGAAUUUUAUGUAAAAUUAGUGGAAAUAUUUAUGAACAAGGACAGGUUGGAAACGGGCAUAAUUAAAACGACGUUUUUAAAAAUACAUAUUUUUAUGGACAUUGUAAUGCUAUUUUAUAAAAUAAAAAAAGAUGUUAUAACAAGAGUAUUGAAUAAAUUGUACGUUAUUACUAAAUUUCAUUUCUUCAAAAUAAAUAAAUAUAUAUCUUUUCUAUAUAAGGAACUAAAAUGUAUAAAGGAAAAAAUAGAAAAAUAUAAUAGCGAUAGUAGUAUUAGUAAUAAUAGUAAUAGUAAUAAUCCCACCAAAAAAGAUAUACUAGAUAUUCUUCUUUUCCAAAUAAAUGAAUUUAUUGUAUGCAUUUACUGUUUUACAAAAUUUUUCAAAGAAUACAAAUUUUAUGAUACGAAUGAAAAUAAGUUAACGAACGACUUAAUUAUUGCCAAACUGUUAUUUCAUGAUCAAAUAGGAGAGGAGGAAAAUAAUUUGGAACAGAACCCUUCGCUGGUUUUACGGAAAGAGGGGGGCUCUUCCUUUCUUUGCUUGUUCAUACAGACUUAUAUCGAAAUGAUACGUAAACUAUACAGUAGCAGUGCAGAGGACACGAGCAAGAAAUCCAUUUUGUUCCUUCGAUAUGAAUUUGCAAAAGUGUUGAAGAUGUUUAUAAAAUACAAUAUAUUGUAUGGAAACGACAAAAACAAACUUCUUCCCCUUUCAAUUGUAAUUGAUCUGUUAACUGAAACAUGUAAUGAUGUGAGUCUUCAUUUUUUAAGGAAUGACAUACGUAUGAGCAAAUGGAAAUUUUUACAAAAUUUUGUAGUUGAGGAUAAACUUGAUUUUGAAUUUUUUAUUUAUGUUAAUAAUUUUUUAAAAAUUAAAAGUAAAAAAGGAGUUGAGAAAAUGAUGAAAAAAAUAUAUGAAAAUGAAAUUAAUCAAGUAAGGGAAAUAGCCACCGCUUGUAGUUCUAGUAUGAUUUUAGAAAUUUUGAAAAAAAAUAAUUUUAAUGUUUCUAAUUCUUUGGAGCAUAUUCUUAACAUGAACCAGGAGCAAAUGGAUAUACUGCACAAGGGUCAAGGCACUCCCUCGGAUGCUAGUGCAUAUGAUAGUAGUAAUGAUGAAAGAAGUGGGGAGGUUAGUGUUGACGUGAGUGGACAUGUGAGUAGUGAUGAAAAAAGUGUUGUGUGUAGUUGCGAUGCAAAUGAUGGCAAAAAUGGAGGUAAAAAUAGAAACGUAGAUGAAGGUAUAAUGGAUGUUAUAACGAAUAACCUUACUAGGACUGAUAAUUAUUAUGGUUACGAUAAAGAUAGGAGUAAGGAAAAGAAUGUGUUAGAAAUGCUACGAGAGCAAUCGUUAAUUAACAAAGCACGUAAAAAGAAAAACGCAAAGUACAAAUAUAGAAAUGAAUCAAUGAGUGAAGAGAAUAAAAACAAAAUUUUGAACCUUCUUAAUCAAUCAAGUUUAUCCUCUGAUGAUUUGUUAAAGGGUUCAGAUGAUAUCUUUGUCAAUGAAAAGAUUAUCCCUACGUCCUAUAGAAAGAACUAUGCCGAGGAUGAAGGGCAGGAUGUAGGAAGUGGUGAUAGCGAUGAGGAGGAGAAGAUUAAAGAGAAGGAAAUGAAUAGAAAGAAGUAUAGCGAAAUGGAUAGAAAGAAGUAUGGCGAAAUGGAUAGAAAGAAGUAUGGCGAAAUGGAUAGAAAGAAGUAUGGCGAAAUGGAUAGAAAGAAGUAUGGCGAAAUGGAUAGAAAGAAGUAUGGCGAAAUGGAUAGAAAGAAGUAUGGCGAAAUGGAUAGAAAAAAGGAUGGCGAAAUGGAUAGAAAGAAGUAUGGCGAAAUGGAUAGAAAGAAGUAUGGCGAAAUGGAUAGAAAGAAGUAUGGCGAAAUGGAUAGAAAAAAGGAUGGCGAAAUGGAUAGAAAGAAGUAUGGCGAAAUGGAUAACGAAGUGGAGAAGAAUAUCCCGAGGUUGCAUGAACAAGGGCGAUUUUACAAAAAUAAAUGCACCCCCCAUCUUUAUGCAACCAAGUCCAGGGGAAAUUACAAAGGUAGAGGUUGUUCAGAGGCAUUAAAAAGGAAAGAGGAAACAAAGGAUGAUAAGGGCAAUGACGCGGAAUUGAAGAAAUAUUACCAAAGGAAAAUGGUAAACAAGGGGCGAUCUCGAAGAAAUCAGUACGACAAAAAGUUCAGCAAAGGGAUGUUGUAA